AGUUAGUCGCUUUUUUCUAAUCGCUUUAAACAACUGAAAAUGAAGUUUCUUACCAUAGUUUGCUUAGUGUGCACCUAUUUCUGUCUAACAUACGCCGUUAAGGAUGCCCGUUGUAUUCAGUCUCCAGGUAAAAAAGGAACUGGUUUUAUCUCAUGCUUUGCUUAUGUUCCAAGUUGGACAUAUUAUGCGUCUUCCAACGAGUGCAAGUUCUUCGUAUUCGGAGGCUGCGGAGGCAAUGAAAACCGCUUCGGUUCAAAAGAACAUUGUGAGGAAGAAUGCAAAGAUUAAAGAGAAAUCAUUAUGCGAAAAUUAUCUUAAAAUUGAUAUUUAAUCAUGCAUUUGGUUUAUAAAUUA